GAUUUUGAUUUCUGAAGGUUACUUCUCUUCUUUGCACUUGAAGAAUGAAUGCGGGUUGGAAUAUCCCAGGAUUUGUAUCCUUGGGUCUGGUUUGCCAGAGGGAAUACGUAAAUGUUCCUCUGAAGAGCAUAAAAAUCAAGUGCAAGAUAGUUAAUAUGGUAGCAGAUGUGGAAGCGGUGUUUACCUACGAGAACUCGUUAAAAGACCCUCUGGAGGCGACAUUCAUUUUCCCACUAAAUGAUGCUUCUGUGUAUCACUUCGAGGCACAAAUAGGGAACAAAAAGAUAGUGUCUGUUUGUCGGCCACGCCCAGAGGUAACGUUUAACAUUCUGUAUACUUACAAAGUACUUUGUUUUUUUUUAAUUAUUGUAUGCCAAUUUUACUAGCUAUUAUAAAGUGGGUAGAUUGGUGGUGAGGUAUUGGUUCUUGAUCUUGGUUGAACUCUUGUUUAGUUUGUUAAGUCACUCACCUUGAUUGGAGGUGUUCAAGACAUUUUAUGUUUAGUCAUUGGCAAGAGAUGUAGACAGUAGAGAAAAUUUUUUUCCCAACGGUUCAUUUCCGUAAGCUGUACAACCGUAAUUGUAUUUAGCAGAGAAUUCACAAGACCAACGGGAUAAAGGUAAAAUGUGUCCUUCUUAUGUAAUGUAAAGUGUGAUCUACGGGUGAUUAAUUGGGAAUUAGAAAAUGGCAGAAGUUGACCUGACGUAACAAGUGUGAGAAAAUGACUCAUCAGUAUAACUGUUUAGAGUAGGUAGGAACUAGUGGAAUGAUGAGUUAUUAACAAACAAUAGUAAAGUGAUAAUAAAAUAAGGAUGAUGAGAAUAAUAGUAGUAAACCUACAUAAUAAAAAGAAUUAUAGUGAGAAUGUUAUCCUGGUCACGUUAGGGCGGGGGAAUGUAUUUUUUACUUUUUAUUGCGAAGGUCCGGUUUCAGAUACCGAAUAGCCAUCAACGUUAGACUGGAGUAAUUGUCUGCUGGAGAAUGUGAUACGUAGGUUUGCUGCUGGAAAUGUAUUUUCUAGACAUUUGGUUUGCAGUAUCCUAGCUGACACUUUCUUCAGACGCACUGGAGAAAUUUCGAGGCAAAAUCCUUGGGCGCAUUUCAGAAAAUGGGACAGUUAUCUGCAGUCUGCCAUGAAGUUUCCGCAGUUAGCCAGAAAUCAAUGCUAUCUGGGAUGUGGUGUGUUAAGACCGUAGUGCUGCUGUGACCGAAGUUAGUCAGUAAACCUUUGAUGCAUUAAGAUUCGGUUGUGUAAAAGCUUGGUCUUCUGAGUCAGUUGACUCAGUUACUUUCUUGUUGAUGAUAAAACGAAUACACUAUCGCAUGAUUUCUCUAUAUUAGGAACUCAGGGUUAAAUCAUAGAGUAGCUGUCACAGAAUAACUUUAAACAACCAAUACGGAUAAACUAGUGUGAUUUUUAGUAAAUUUCAAUAGAUUUUUAAAAAAAAUGCAUAGACAGCAUAACGGAUAAUUGUACUUUACGCUAACCUCCUAAACCUAAAGUCAUUCUAAGCUUAGCUUAACCCUAGCCAGAUUGUGAGACCAGAUUGGCUGCCAACUGUGAUAGCAAGAGACACAGCAUUUGCGGUUAGUUACACGAUUUGUUCCUCCUAAGUAAUUCUGCAGGGUUUCGGUUAUGCCUGCUGUCGUCUUCCUUCACUGUACACAGAAUUCAAAUAAUAUAAAAAAUUGUCACUACAAAGCAUUGAGAUUGGCUAGACUCGAAAAGUCAAGACAAAAUACUACAAUAUCAUAAAAAUGACAUUAUAAAUACAAAUGAAGAGCUCAUGUUUGAUUAUAGGCUGUAGGUUGUGUGCAUUACCUGGCUUAGUAAGUAGUUUUAUCAAACAGUUUUGAUGUGUAGUUUGCGAAGGUACUUAAAAUUGUACAGACUCAAGUUGGGAGGCAUUAUUUCAUUUAUAUGGAUUCAUCUCAUCACAGUGUUAAAUACCAUCUGACGAAUGGCAAAUACAAUAAAAUUAGGACACGGAACCGAUCUACAAAGCACAGCCAGGUGCGCGGAACAAAUAAAAUGAGUAUCGAACUACUGGGAUACCUAGCUCGAAAAUUGACCUCAGAUGUAUUUAAGUCCUUCUACGGUUUGAACCUAAACAUCAUAUGCAAUCAUAGGUCUUUAUAACAGCUUAAAAUAUUUUUGUCAUUUCUUAAAUGAACAUCUUUCGUGAUAUACUAACAUAGAAUACAGUAGUUUCGACUACAAUACUGUCACAGUGUGACCAGUCAAUGGAUAACACAAUCCUUGGAAUAUGAAUAAUUUAUCAGUAAAAGUGGUUCGGUGAACAAGUGUCGUUACUUAGCUUUAUUACCAAGGAAUUAAGUUAAAUCAUUCCGUCAUCUGUUGUAUUUGAAUUAAUUACAGGUGUAAAGCAACUAGGUAAAAUCAGUGGGUGGCAUAAAUUGCACUUAUCUCUUGAAAAUAUGUGAUUAGUCAAUGCAACUUUCAACUAUUAACUUGAGGUGUAUUUAUUUUUAAUGAUAUCAAGAGGUGGCUGUUUUAUCACUAGUCAUUUUCGGUAGCUCAUACUGACAUUCUUAUAAAAUGUUUCCACAUUCCUUAAACUAGCGUGUGUUUUCUAAUGAUUACUUAUUGUUAAAUGGUUUUUAGACUUAAUGGCUAUUUUUUAUCUGUAUUCAAGGCGAAAGAAACGUAUGAUAGUGCUGUAGAAGAAGGACAUACAGCAAUUUUAGCUGAGCAGAACGAACACUGUUCUGACGUGUUUCAGAUGAACAUUGGUAACAUACCACCAAAUGGAACAGUCAUAUUGGUUCUCCGAUAUGUGAACAUACUGGAUGGGAAAAAUGUAGAAACUGACGAAAAAAAAUUCAGCCACGCAGAAAUCACUCUAACUUUACCAAGUGUCAUCAAUCCACGGUAUUCUCCAAAAGAACAAAAAAUACCCAGUGAAUUUGAAGGCUUCACGGAACCUGUCUUAGUGAAUUCUGUGCCUUACACAAUAACAUUUGAAGCUGAGUUAUCGAUGUCAAGCAAAAUUCUGGAUGUGAAGUCGACACAUGACCGUUUCAUUUUGGAGCGUUCAGGUGAUGUCUCCAAUGCAAAUGUGAAACUUGCUUCCGAAUUCAUACCUAAUCAUGAUCUCCAAAUGGUUAUAAGUCUUUCUGAUUCACUCAAGUCACUUGCUUCUCUGGAAUACGGUGAUACAAAUGAAUCAUCGGUACUGGCCACAAAUUGUUUAAUGGUCCAGUUUUUACCCGAAUUUCCUGAGGUCAAUGCCACUAAGAAAAACAAGAGUGAAAUUGUGUUUUUAAUCGAUCGUUCAGGCAGUAUGCAAGGUGAUAAUAUUUCUUACGCUAAAACCUCCUUACUUCUCUUCCUGAAGAGUUUACCUGUUAAAUGCCGCUUUCAAAUUAUUGGUUUUGGAUCUCAUUUUGAUUCAUUAUUUCCAGAACCAAGAGACUAUUCUGAGGAAUCGUUAAAUCAAGCGCUUAAAUAUCAGGAAGCAUUAGACGCUGAUAUGGGUGGUACAGAAGUUUACAAUGCUUUAAAAUCAGCUCUUAAUUCAUCAACAAGUGGUGAAGGCUGCUUCAAGCAAAUUAUAUUUCUUACUGAUGGUGAUGUUAACAAUGCAGACGAAGUUAUUGGAUUAGUACGGAUGAACUCUCGCAAAGCACGAGUUUUUGCUAUUGGUCUCGGAGAAGGUGCAAGUACUGGGCUAGUGAAAGGUGUUGCUCGUGCUGGUAAUGGAACAGCAGCAUUUGUUCGUGACAAUUCUCAACUACAUUCAACAGUUAUGCGAAUUCUUACAGAUGCACUACAACCAGAAGCUGAUAAUGUUAGCAUCGAGUGGAAGUUAACUGAGAAAUUACCUGAUGGCAAAGAGACACCAAUUGGUGAAAUAGUUACUGUUCCCAAACAAAUUGCUCCAUUGUUUUCGGGUCAUUUUGUCACAUAUUUUGGUUACUUUAAAUCUGAUAAACUUUCAACCGUUGGAGGACAAGUUAAUUUAAACUAUAGUUUGUUAGGUGAAAAGAAGACAUUAACUCUGAAUGUUUCGAAUGCAGUAGUUUGCAGAAACAACUCAAAUUCAUCUCAAAACUUACCUAUUCAUCGUUUAGCAGGAAAUGUACAAAUUAAUGAACUUGUAGAUGAAUAUCAUAGUAUUCAAUUGGCUGAAAAAGAUGAAACACAUAAGAUACCUCUAGAACCAAUACGUCAACAAGUUGAGGAUUUAUCAUGUCGACUUAAUAUACUGACGAAGUUCACUGCAAUGGUAGCUGUAGAUCCCGAGAAGUUAGAUACCAAUGAAAAGACCAAAAGAGUCAAAGUGUCUGUACCUCUAAUGAGACGUUCUUGUGGAGGUGCUCCUUAUGCGACAAUGGCAAUGGGGAUGCCUAUGGCGAAUUGUGGAAUAGACAUGAUAGAUUUCGCUUCGCCUACAGCUGCAUGCUGUUUACGAAAUGAUAUGACUGAAGCAGUAUGUUAUAGUGGUUCAUUGGGCUUUGAAAUGAACGAAUCUGUUGCAGCUGUUUGUGUCGAAGAGGAUACCUCAAAUGAAAAAGUGGAAAAACAUAUACAACUUGCUAAAUUGCAAAGUUUCUCUGGCUCAUGGAAUUUCAAUACUUCUCUGUGUGAAUGCUUUGGAGUGCCUAUGGAUGACCUUUCAACUUGUCUAAAAGAACCAGGCAAAUCUCCAUUUUUGACAGAAACCACAUGGGCAACUGCUCUGGCCAUAGCAUAUUUGGAGUCAUAUAUCCCAGAGAAAAAGGAUGAAUGGUGUCUAUUAGUUGAGAAGGCGAAAAAUUGGCUAUUAACACAAGCAGAGAGUCAUAAAAUUCCAUCAAAGAAACCCAGCGAACUAUGUGAUGAGCUUAUUGUGAAGGCGAAAGAUGCACUAACCAAAUUAUUGAAAAAAGCUACCUCCAGUUAGUUUCUCUGACAAGGAGCUUCAUUUGCCUGCUUACUUGAUUUCUCUCUCAAUACUCUUUUUUUUCUAAAUAUUUGAAAUCAUGUAUUUUAUUUUGAAAUAUCUGACUUCUGAGUAUUGUUUUUUUUUUAUAUUUUUACUCUGCUUUGUGAGGAUUUUAUUCUUUAACAAAAUGAUAUAUAUUAUACAUGCGACAUACUUUGAUUUUUAUUCGUAACGCAAUUGCUCAUUUUAUAAUAAAUAUUUUGAGUACA